AGACAUGCGGUAUGGCAGAUUUUGUAAAUGUUCAUGUUGGUUCAUUUGUCUCACUGCAUAGAACAAUGCGUAGACAUAGACCUCGAAUUCAUCCAGUCACUCCUCAGUCUAUGACUGAAUUCCACUUACAACUAACAGGAGAAUAUGCGCACUUGUCUAUGAUACAAAAUGAACCAAUAUACUCUGGCAUUGUUGGUGCGACUUUAGAAGAAGGAACCACUUUACUUUUCAUUUUGCCUGGAACCAAAAAUUUACUUAGGACUGGUUCAACUUUUUUGUUGGAUGGCACAUUUUCUAGUUCACCAAGUUUUGGAAACGAAUGCCACCAAUUAUACAUCAUAAUGAGCAUAACAUUUAAUACUGUAAGUUUUGUAUGUAAUUUGUAAAUAAAUAAUAUUA